CUUAAAACGCGUAACGUCAUUAUUAGAAAUGACGUCACUGGCAUUGUAUUCAUUAGGAUGGACUUAGCAGUUUGCCUUUUCAUCUUGAACAUCUUCAUCAAAAGAUGUUUAGGUGCGUUCAAUGGGGAAGCAACUCUUAUGGAUCACAUACUGUCUGGAUAUAACCCAGCUGCUAGACCUAGAAUAAACGCUACAGAAUCAGUUAUGGUCGAUGUAGGAUUCUACUUAACUCGUCUUGAUCACACGGAUUUGCGGAAUAAUAAAAUGAUAACAACAGGCUGGAUGGUUGUGAGAUGGAAUGACGAUUUUCUCAGAUGGAACGCAACAGAUUUCAACAAUAUAAGUAAAAUAAUAGUCCCUACAGCUAAAGUUUGGAAACCAGACCUUGCUCUAGAUAACAGUGCUGACGACUUGUACACAUCCAUAUACAACAGUGCAUUCCAAGUUGUGAUAUACAGUAAUGGAUCAAUGAUGUGGGAGCCCGGUGGUUCAUUCAGCACUGUAUGUUAUUUUGAUAUUAGGUCAUACCCUUUUGAUCAUCAAACAUGUGAGAUCAUCUUUACAAGCUGGCAUUACACUUUAGACAUGUUAAACUUGUCAUGCAGUGGAAACAUUAACAAAGAUACGUUUUGGCGGAAUGGAGAAUGGGAAAUAGAGCAUACCAAGCUAAUCAGACGAGAAUGGUCGUCUGGAGGGAAUACACUGGAGGAUAUAUACCCAGAGAUUGUCAUCCAGAUUCACAUGCGCCGGAAGAUCCUGUAUUACAUCAUCAACAUUGUACUGCCAUGCUUCUUUAUGUCACUCCUAGUAUUAAUGGUGUUCCACUUGCCACCGGAUGCUGGGGAAAAGGUUUCACUUGGCGUUACUGUGCUGCUUGCAUUUUCAGUGUUUCAGUUGAUGAUUGCUGAGAGUGUUCCAUCUACAUCUGAUGCUACGCCAAUGCUUGAAAUAUAUUUGCUGUUCUUCAUGGCUGAAUCCACGUUUUCUGUUGCCGUAUCAGUAAUUGUAUUGAACCUUCAUCUUAGAACUGAAUAUAAACCCCCUCCUAAUUGGUUAAGAAAACUUGUUCUGCAUUGGAUGGCGAAAAUGUUAUUCAUGAAUGUCAGUGAAGCAAACAAAGUACAUCCGGAAAACAAAGAUUCCGCCCACUCAAAAGAUUUUGCCUCAAGUUCGAUACCUGAAGUUCACGUUGACAGGAAAGAAAGUAAGAUUAUUAGCAACUUUCAUACAUAUCAUACGCACGAACCGCACCCACAAGAACUGCAUACGCAUGAACUGCAUACGCAUGAUCAGCAUAUUCAUGAAGUGCAUUCGAAUGAACUUCAUAUUCAUGAACCGCAUCAGCAUGAACAGCAUCUGCAUGAACCCCAUCAGCAUGAACAACAUCUGCAUGAACUGCAUACGCAUGAACUACAUCCACCCACCAUAAACAUUGGUGAAUCACAUUCAGCUGACUCUGGAAUGAAAGACCAUUCAAGUUCACAUUUUCAUACGGUGCAUUCCCCAAUAUCUACUAAAGUACAUUUCGAUGAGCAUUCAAAUAUGGCUCCUCAACUAGAAAAGUCGGCGUUAAGAGUUAUGAAAAGUCUUGCCAAUUUAGACCAUGUACCAAAGAACCAGUCUCGCAUUGAAUUCAUGAAGCUGAUAAAGGAUACUUACAGAGAUUUGUGUCAACAACGCGCAGACGAUGAACUAGAUCAGUUUUUUGAAAAUGAAUGGAAGAGGAUAGCCAGGGUUGUCGACCGGUUCUUCUUUCUUAUAACAUCAAUGUUUAUUGUUAUAUCAUCUAUUGCAAUAUUUGCUGUAAUACCAUAUGGUCAUUCUGAUUAA